CUUUUGCUAUUGGCAAAGCAAAUAUCAGGAGGUUCGCACGUGUCAAGCUUGCCGUGUUUUCCGUACAUGUGGAAGUUAUGGGAGGCAUACGCUGCUGCAGCACAGCUAGGACACAAGCGUGUAUUGCAGACGUUUUGUCCAGCCAGUAGCACAUUGCCACCGAUCAAUACAACUUCUGCCAACUGUCGCACUUCAGUUUCCUUGCUAAGUUAUCACCGUUUAUUGCUAAGAGAAUUAUUUUUUAGCUUACGAAAGAGUCUUCUUAGCGAUCUAUGGAACAUUAGACUUUUUGAAUAGAGUUCUGCGUCACCUCACCAAUUGAGAAAGAGGAAGGCACGGCGUUGCAACAGUAAGCCCUAUGGUGCGACUAACCCUAAUAGCAAGAGUACAAGAUGGCUUGCCCUUGGCGGAGGGCCUGGAUAGCGAAAAAGACGCGGAGAUCGACGCGUACAAGUCGCAGGCGAAGAGCCUCUUGAAAAAGUUUUCACAACAGCCUAGCAGCCAAGCGGCUCGGCUGUCCGUGGAGUCGGGCAAAUACACAUUCCACUACCUGAUCGAUGGGGGCGUUUGUUACCUGACGCUCACGGAGAAGGGCUACCCUAAGAAGCUUGCCUUCCAGUACCUCGAGGAGUUGACGAAUGAAUUCAGCCGGUUGUACGGGCAGCAGGUGCACACCGUCAGCCGGCCAUACGCCUUCAUCAAGUUUGACACGUUCAUUCAGAAAACGAAGAAGCUCUACCUGGACACGCGGACUCAGCGCAACCUCUCCAAGCUCAACGACGACCUUGCUGAGGUGCACUCCAUCAUGACGCGCAACAUCCAGGAGGUGCUCGGGCAAGGAGAGAAGCUGGACAGCAUGGCGAAAAUGUCUAGCACGUUAGCGGCGGAGUCAAAACAGUAUGCGUCUCGAGCCAAGGACCUCCACCGGCAGGUGAGCAGCGCGCAAACCAUACAAGGAAAGAUUCCAGGCAAUAGGCCAUGCACCAUAUUAGCAUCACCUGUCGGACUCUCCAACGCCGUUACAACAUAAAGCCAAUGCAAUGUAGGCCUUGAUGCCCUAAUUCCAUGAGGUCGUUCUUGAGGUUCCCUUUCCAGCAGCUAGGCUUAAUCCCUAAAGCUGUUGUCGCACCCUGUAAUACUGUAGCACCCUACCAAAGUCAGUCACUACAAGUUUUUCGUCAACUC